AUGACAAUCGCGGUCCUGGCGACUACUACGACUACGACAAAGCGUCGCGAACCGCUGGGGACGAUCGCAAUGGCGGCUCCAAAGGCGCAAUCGCAAUCCGCGGGCGCAUCCAAAGGCACAGGGGACCGGAGGACCACGCGAUUCAGCUCAAGUAAACAAGGACUUGAGGAGAUGACAAAGGACGGGAAGCGGAAGCCUGUGCAAUACGAGGAGGAUGAUGGAUUUCAAUUCUCGCGAAAACCGUCCAAGAAGUCCCGACCUUCGAUUGAAGCGGUUCCCGAAAACCCCAAUUUGGAUAUUGAGAAUGCGCCUCCAAAAGCAACACCGAGACGAGGGCGGCCACCGAAGAAGCGACCGGAAGACACCACUGGUUCAAGCGGAGUGCCAGUGAAAGGUACAUCCGUGGAGCUCCCGAGCAGGAAGCCAACGAGGGGGUUUGGGAGGACCUACACCGAAUCUGAAGCUCAACCCGCUACCGUGACGCGCUCAUCACAUCCCCGCGAUAGUCCAGAGCACGAGCCAGGGGCCAAGAAACCGAGGAAAGGACGACCCCCGAAAGCGAAAGCCCCAGAGACAAACGGAUACCAGUCACCAGAACAACCGCCUGCGGGUACCAAGGUGGCACUACCUACGGCUGAUACCCCGGUGAUUCAGCGCAACAAAGAGCUACGGGGCGGGAAGGGCGAGAAGAAGGGACGACGAAGCAGUUUGAGCAGACGCGGACGACGAGCCAGUGAUUUAAUUGACUCGGGCACGUCUAAUGCAUUGCCCCAUCGAGAAGUCAGCGUGGCCGAUUUCUACAAACACAUUGCAGAUGAAGGUCUUCCGGAGCCGCGGAGGAUGCGCCAGCUUUUGAUCUGGUGUGCGACUCGUGCACUAGGCGACAAGCCUUCAGGAGGCUCGAAUUCAGAUGACCAGAGUGCGCGUUUAGCAGCACGUGUGAUCCAGGAGGAGCUACUUCGCGAGUUCUCGAGCAAUUCAGAACUUUCCAACUGGUUUUCUCGUGAAGAGGUGAAUCCUCCAGCUGUGAUUGUGAAGAAACCGAACCCACGAAACGUGCAGAACACAGAAAAAAUCAAGGAAUUAGAGGAGCACAUCCAAAAAUUACAAAAAGAACGACAGUCCCUCAAUGCAAUCCUUCGUCAACCAGUAAUUCCAUCCUUCAAAUCGGAGUCACGACCUGAACAGCAAAAGACGACACAAUCUUCCCAGAAAACACAACGGGAAGAAGUCGAUUUCUCUCUCCUAGACCCCUCUCAACAAGCCAUAUUGAGAUCUCUCAACCCUCCGACUCCAUCAGAAGAAGAAUCUUCUACCACAUCUUCUACCCGGCCACCUAUGACCCCAUCUGCCAUCUCAUCCCAACUGUCACGUAUUACAACUGGUCUAGCACCAACACUCGAUGCAUUUGCAGCCGGUGUACAUGAUAUUGAACUGUACCGCGCUUCCGCAGAUAUCGUGUCAUCCCGAGUACUUCGUAUUUGCUCACAACGACUGGAAGAGCGCGACGCGCACAACACACAAAGCCGUCUCGCAAUCGAAGGUGGCGACAAAAACAAGCCACCAGAUGUACCAAGGCCCCGAGAAGACCUGGGUCUUAUCCUGGGAGCACUCAGUCGGCUCGAAAGGCGAUAG